CCAUGCACGAAUAUGGUAUGGCUGUUACUGCAAAUGGCGAUAAGUCAAAGUUGCCGUCAAAGUACAUAAUCCAUGUGAAUCUUGCCGGUGGUAAUUACAAAAGAAAAAUUAUGAGUGUCUUUCAAAAAGCGGAAGAAAUGGGCAUGAAAACUAUAGCUCUGCCAGCUCUAGGAACAGGGCAACAAAGCUUUCACCAAAGGAAAAUAGAGGACUUUGCUCAAGAAGUUUUUGAUGGCCUAAACAGAAUGUCUUCAGAUGUGAAGAAUUUAACAGAAGUUCAUGUGAUUAUUUUUGAUCAUCAACAAGCCGUACAGUUUAUCGUAGAAAUGGAGAAAUGUUUUGAGUCGCAAGGGUCCAAACCAAAGGGUUGGUUUAAAGGAAUGGUGGAUGCAUUUAAAUAUUAUGUCACCGGUGGAAAGUCUGAUGGUAGUGGACAAUGGAAGCCAGUUCUGACUGACAAACCUGAUGAUCAAUCAUCGGUAACCAUCGUGGUUUUUGCAGAUAAUCAGAAAAAUCUUGAUGCUGGACUACGAAAACUUGAGAAUCUAGUAAAUGCUGAUUUCAAAACCAGGGACAUCCGGGACUCUGCUAUCCCUCAUCUUUCUCUGGAACAGAUGAAAGCUUUGAAGAAUCUGGAGGAUGAGUUUGAUGUAGAAAUUAAUAUAGAUAGAGACGGAGGAAUAGUUACCCUUCUUGGAACCAGCGAAUCGUUACUAGAUGCUACCAGUUAUGUUAAGGACAUGCUUCGAAAUGUUGAUCGCAAUAAACUUGAAGCUGAAUACGUAUCAGAUGUCGUGAUGUGGUAUUAUGUUGACAAUUCUGAUGGUAAAAAUGAACUGUGCGAUUAUCCAAAGAAUAUCAAUCUGCUUGUUGAGAAAGCUUAUAGUAACAAACAACCAGAUGUCAAGUUCCUUGACGUGCAGGGUACACAGUACACCAUUGAUUUUUCCUCAAUGGUGGAGUACCCGAGUGAUGAUCCUACGGAUGUAUUGACUGUUACCAGAAGAGACAAAAUUAAGGCUUCUACCUUUGAGCCUCCACCUGAGUGGACAGCUAUGAGUGAAUCCGAAAACCUUGUGGUUAUUCAAGUUCCUUCUGGGUCACAGGAAUAUCUAAAAGUUAUUGACAGAUUUCAGGGAGAAUUACAGACAAGCGGCAUAAAAAGCGAUAUAAUCAAAUUGGAGAGAAUUCAGAACAAAAUGCUGUACCAGCAAUAUGUUGCCAAAAAGAAGUUGUUAGAUUCUCAGAAUCCACCUGGCACAAAGAAUGAGAGAGAACUCUGGCAUGGAACUGCUCCAGAGGCAGUUAAUAGUGUCAACUCUCUUGGCUUCAAUAGGAGCUACUGCGGGAAAAACGCUGCUGUUCAUGGAAAUGGCGUUUAUUUUGCCGUAGAUGCUGAAUACUCAGCUCGUGAAACAUACUCUAAGCCAGAUCCAAAUGGACACAAAAGAAUUUAUUUAUGCAAAGUCCUUACAGGCGAGUUUACACUUGGUAAAAAGGACAUGAGGGUACCGCCACCCAAAGAUGUUAAUCAACCUCAUAUCUUAUAUGAUUCUGUGGUGUACCCUCUACAAGAUCCUGAAAUGUUUAUCAUCUUUAAUGACACCCAGGGAUACCCAUCUUACCUGAUUACUUUUAUUAAAACGAAAUGACUGAAAACAAUCUAAAGAGAAAAAAAUA